AGAUCCAAAAAAAUCAAAGGGUCUAGACUCACAAAACUCAUCUUCUCUCUCUCGUACUUCUUCUGUAAGUGACUCAUCGUCACCAUCUUCUCUGUCACUCAAUAUCCUUCUCAAUACAGAUGCAUCGAGGUAACGAGAUAACAACAGAAGAGGAGCAUCCCAUCUUCUCCAUGUCUCUUUAUCUCUCUCUCUCUCUUCAUGGCUCUUUGUCUCUCUCUCUUAGUGUCCUGCGGUGGUGGAGACUGAACCAUUACGCCUCCUCUCUGUUCUGUGACGAAGUGACGCCUCCUCCCAUACUUUUUUGUAAGAAGGUAACAGAAAAAGACUGUAGAAAUAGUGAAAGCUUGGAGAAUCGAGCAAAGUCGGAGAAGACAGAGAAACGGCGUUGGACAAGACAGAGCAUCGGCGUCGGGGAAGACAAAGCAGCGGUGUCGGAGAUGGUACUGAGCGGUGACGGCGUAGGUUGAAGAAAGCUUGGUUUGACAGCUGAAUUAGGUUUAGCUCAGUUUAAUUGGUUUAGUUAGGGUUUAGUUAAUAAACCAAUUUCUAAUUGUAAACCAUAUAUCCAAAUUUCAGUUUGUAAAGAAAUACCAAUUUAUAAUCUGAUUUCGUUGUAAACAAAAUUUUAUUUUAUGUU